AUGAGUAAAAAAGAUAAGAAGUCACAUGAGGAGCCUGCUGAUGCAGAUAAUGCAGUGGAUAUUAGCACAUCUAAAAGGAAAAGUAAAAAACGCAAACGAAAUUCAGAACUUGAUGCUUCCUUAGAUGCAUCAGAUACUUGUAAAGAAAAUAUUGUGGAGACAGGAUCCAAAAAGCGAAAGAAAGAAUCUAAUGGCACCUUACCAGAGAAUGAAGUAACGAAUUUCACCUCUGAAACUGUUGAGUUGCAACCAGCAAGGAAGAAUAAAAAAGAUAAGAAGAAUAAAACAUCAACACUGGGUGUAGUUGAUAUGGAUAUUUUACAGCAAGCAGAAAUCAAUUUCCAAGUGAAAAUGAAAGUUAUGAAUUCAAAUUGUGAUGAUGACGAGCCAGUUAAGAAGAAAACGAAACACAGUCAAAAGACUAGAACUGUUUCAUUCAAAGAACCAGAUGAAGAAACUGAAGUGCCUUCUAAGAAAAAGAAGCAUACAAAAUUGACAGAUGAUUUAUUACAAGAUGUCAUCAGAAGUGAAAGUGAACAAUCCACCAAGAAAAAGAAGCAUAAGAAAUCGAAGGAUCAAGAUUUAGAAGCAGUAGACAAGAAUGAAAGUGAAGAGCCUAGAAAAAAAAGGAAACAUAAAGACAUAGAAGCUCACAUUGCAACAUCAGAACAGCUUAAUGAUGAGAAUGAAAAGGAACAGUCUACUAAGAAAAAGAAGCAUAAAGAUAAGAAGGCAGAAUUAGUAUCAGCUGAAGAACUAAAUGAAAGUGAGCAGCCUGCAAAGAAGAACAAACAUAAAAACAAGAACACUGAAGAAUUAGAUGAAACAAAUGGGGAUGAAAGUGAGCAGCAUGCAGAGAAGAAAAAGAAGAAACAUAAAGAAAAGAAGACUGAAGAAGUACCACAUGAAGAACAAAAUGAAAGUAAACAAGCUGCUAAGAAAAAAAAGAAACAGAAAGAAAAGAAAGAUGCAUCUACGCCAUCAAAGGAAGGAAAUAAUGUGACCAGAAAUGACAAGGCCUUACAAUAUCUUCGUCUGUGGCAGUCGAGCAGAAGCGCAUGGAAGUUCAACAAAAGGAUGCAGAUUGACCUGCUGCACAUGAUGUAUGAUACAUCCAGGAUGUCAAAUGAAGAUUUCCAGAUUUUGCUGCUGUAUUUAGAUGGCCUUCAGGGAAAGGGAAGAGAGAAGACCAUGGCAGAUGCAAAAAAGAUCCUUGAUAGUGGCGAAAAAGAAGUAAAUGCUGAAAGGGAAGAUCGAGCACGGCAGCUGUUUCAAAUGUUGGCUUGA